AUGGCUGGACAAAGUGUUAUCGUCAUCAGUCUCUUUGUUCUCCUUCUUCUUGCUUCUUCCUCUGCUGCUACUGAGGUUUUGGCUGAUGCGUCAAUAUACAACGUCUUAGACUUUGGAGCCAAAGGAGAUGGCAACACCAAUGACACUCUCGCGUUUGUAAAUGCAUGGAAUGCUGCAUGUCACAAAAGCACGACACCCUCCACCUUGCUCAUUCCGACAGGAAAGACAUUUUUGUUGUCUUACAUCGAGUUCGAAGGACCUUGCAACAACUUCAUUUAUGUAACGCAAUGUCCAGAAGAUGGGCCCAAUAGUCUACAUAUGUUGAGUUGCACUGAUGCACAGAUUUGGGGGUUGAGGUCGAUCAACAGUGUGAUGAUGCACAUAUCGGUGGGGAGGAGCAAGCGAGUCGAUAUCAGAGACAUCACCAUCGUCGCCCCCGACGAGAGCCCCAACACUGACGGCAUCCACGUCCAGCAAAGCCAAUUUGUGAGCAUCAUAAACUCCGUAAUUGGGACGGGAGAUGACUGUGUGUCACUGAGCGAAGGUGCUGAGGACAUUACUGGAGGUUCUGGCUUUGCGAGGAACAUAUCGUUUGAGGAUAUCACCAUGAAUGACGUGCGCUAUCCCAUUAUAAUAGAUCAGUACUAUUGUCCUCACAGGAAAUGCGAUGCCCAUGCAUCAGCAGUAAAAGUGAGGGAUGUGAAAUAUAUUGGAGUGAGAGGAAGCUCAUCGAGAGAAGUAGCAAUCGCUCUGAAUUGCAGCCAAAGUGUGCCUUGCAGUGGCAUCUUCAUGGACAGUGUGAAUCUGUGGAAUUCAAAUGAAGGAGAAGAGGUGCGGUCUAACUGCAUCAGUGCCAAUGGAUAUGCGAGGAAUCAAGUCACGCCUGCUGUUUCUUGCCUGACCCAGAGAAACCUUGCUAGCUAG